AAUCUCAGUAUUAGCUGGCCAAUACAUACUAACUAUAUAAACCAUAUAUGGUGUACAAAUUACCUAAAAUAAGGGGACUUUACAGAUUUUUAAAAAUAGUUGGUGGUAAGUCACAUUUGAACAAGGAAAGUUUUGUUUUUAAACUAUAUUAAGAUAAAUAAAUGAGAUUAACUUGAGAAACUUUGAGCUAAUAUUUUGAUCAGUGACAAAGUGACCAUGAUGGUUUCUCUCAGAAACAAGCCCGGAUUAAGAAUUCAGAGGCCCCUGGACACAAUGUCUUGUAGGCCAAUGUCUUGUAGGUCAGUGUCUUGUAGGUCAGUGUCUUGUAGGCCAAUGUCUUGUAGGUCAGUGUCUUGUAGCCCAAUUUCUUGUAGGCCAAUUUCUUGUAGGUCAGUGUCUUUGUAGGCCAAUGUCUUGUAGGUCAGUGUUUUGUAGGCCAAUGUCUUGUAGGCCAAUGUCUUGUAGGCCAGUGUCUUGUAGGUCAGUGUCUUGUAGGCCAAUUUCUUGAAGGCCAAUGUCUUGUACGUCAGUGUCUUGUAGGUCAGUGUCUUGUAGGCCAAUGUCUUGUAGGUCAGUGUCUUGUAGGCCAAUUUCUUGUAGGCCAAUGUCUUGUAGGCCAAUGUCUUGUAGGUCAGUGUCUUGUAGGCCAAUGUCUUGUAGGCCAAUGUCUUGUAGGUCAGUCUCUUGUAGGCCAAUGUCUUGUAGGUCAGUGUCUUGUAGGCCAAUGUCUUGUAGGUCAGUGUCUUGUAGGCCAAUGUCUUAUAGGCCAAUGUCUUGUAGGUCAGUCUCUUGUAGGCCAAUGUCUUGUAGGUCAGUGUCUUGUAGGCCAAUGUCUUGUAGGCCAAUGUCUUGUAGGUCAGUGUCUUGUAGGCCAAUGUCUUGUAGGCCAAUGUCUUGUAGGUCAGUGUCUUGUAGGCCAAUGUCUUGACAGAGCAGGCUUUCCACACUUGCGCUUAACCAAUUAUAUCAUUCUGUUUAGAUUUAAAAAAUAUCAGCGUGCUUUUCAUU